AUGGCGUCUGCAGGAACAGCUCAGCGCGAAGGCGGGGCGCCCCUGCGGCUGCAGAGCAGCACAGGUGCAGCUGCUCGGCGGGGCGCGGGCCCCACACGCGUGCGGGCGCGCUGGGGUUGCCACAUCUCUUGCACACGCGCGUGUGCGCUGCGCUCCUGCGGCCUCGGAGCCCAGCGGUGCACAGAGACGCGCCGUUCCUCCCAGACCGUGCGUGGCUUUGGGGUUCCCGUCACCGUCACCGAGAGAAGCCAGCCCGCCGCGUCCACUGCGGGCGUGAUCGCGCAGACAGGUCGCGCCGGAGGGGCAGGGGCCCGGCGCCGCCCACCGACGCGUCCUCCCAGCUUCCCGCGCCGCGCCCUUACCCCCCGUGACACUGCCCUUACCCCGCGACACCGCCCUUACCCCCGUGACACCGCCCUUACCCCCGCGACACCGCCCUUACCCCGUGACACCGCCCUUACCCCCGCCACACCGCCCUUACCCCGGGACACCGCCCUUACCCCGCGACACCGCCCUUACCCCGGGACACCGCCCUUACCCCGCGACACCGCCCUUACCCCGGGACACCGCCCUUACCCCGCGACACCGCCCUUACCCCGCGACACCGCCCUUACCCCCGCCACACCGCCCUUACCCCGGGACACCGCCCUUACCCCCGCCACACCGCCCUUACCCCGGGACACCGCCCUUACCCCCGCGACACCGCCCUUACCCCGGGACACCGCCCUUACCCCCGCCACACCGCCCUUACCCCGCGACACCGCCCUUACCCCGGGACACCGCCCUUACCCCGGGACACCGCCCUUACCCCGGGACACCGCCCUUACCCCGCGACACCGCCCUUACCCCGGGACACCGCCCUUACCCCGCGACACCGCCCUUACCCCGGGACACCGCCCUUACCCCCGCCACACCGCCCUUACCCCGCGACACCGCCCUUACCCCGCGACACCGCCCUUACCCCGGGACACCGCCCUUACCCCGGGACACCGCCCUUACCCCGGGACACCGCCCUUACCCCCGCCACACCGCCCUUACCCCGGGACACCGCCCUUACCCCGGGACACCGCCCUUACCCCGCGACACCGCCCUUACCCCGGGACACCGCCCUUACCCCGCGACACCGCCCUUACCCCGGGACACCGCCCUUACCCCCGCCACACCGCCCUUACCCCGGGACACCGCCCUUACCCCGCGACACCGCCCUUACCCCGGGACACCGCCCUUACCCCGCGACACCGCCCUUACCCCGGGACACCGCCCUUACCCCCGCCACACCGCCCUUACCCCGCGACACCGCCCUUACCCCCGCCACACCGCCCUUACCCCGCGACACCGCCCUUACCCCGGGACACCGCCCUUACCCCGGGACACCGCCCUUACCCCCGCCACACCGCCCUUACCCCGCGACACCGCCCUUACCCCGCGACACCGCCCUUACCCCGGGACACCGCCCUUACCCCGCGACACCGCCCUUACCCCCGCGACACCGCCCUUACCCCGGGACACCGCCCUUACCCCGCGACACCGCCCUUACCCCCGCGACACCACCCUUACCCCGGGACACCGCCCUUACCCCGCGACACCGCCCUUACCCCGCGACACCGCCCUUACCCCCGCGACACCGCCCUUACCCCGGGACACCGCCCUUACCCCCGCGACACCGCCCUUACCCCCGCGACACCACCCUUACCCCCGCGACACCGCCCUUACCCCGCGACACCGCCCUUACCCCGCGACACCGCCCUUACCCCCGCGACACCGCCCUUACCCCGCGACACCGCCCUUACCCCCGCGACACCGCCCUUACCCCGCGACACCGCCCUUACCCCCGCCACACCGCCCUUACCCCGCGACACCGCCCUUACCCCGCGACACCGCCCUUACCCCGCGACACCGCCCUCCCACGCAGUCCCUACCACAGCGCGUCCCAACCCGUGGCCACCACUUCAGUAA